UUUACGACCCUCCGAUUCCACCCUUCCAACCACACGGCGUCGGCCCAUCGCGUCGAUAUAUGUCGCAAACCUAAUCCUCUCAUCACUUAGGUCCGCUUCCUCACUCACACUCCCUCUUCAAUGGCUUCUUCUUCUUCUCUCGCUCUCGUCCUAUUCUACUUCUCCGCCCUUUCUCUCUCCCACCCCUUAAACGCCGUCGUUUUCCCCGUCUCCAGAGAUCUACCCACCGGUCAAUACGUCGCCCAGAUUCGUCUCGGUGAAUCGCCGGAGCCCGUCAAACUCGUCGUCGAUCUCUCCGGAACCAUCCUCUGGUUCGAUUGCUCCUCGUCAUCUUCCUCGUCUCGGAAUCUCACCUCCGGGAACUCCAGCGAUUGCGCGAGGGCGAGGGCUGGGGCCCACCGUGUCUCAUCGUCGCGCGGGGACGACUCCGUUUGCCAAUUGCUGAUCCGUAACGGCGUCAUGGGGUUCUCGGCGAGGGGAGAGCUCGCCGGUGACUUCCUGGCUGUUGGAUCUGAUUCCUCUGCUACGUCGCCUGGAGCCGUAGAUUUGCUAUUCGCUUGUGCUCCUCGCUGGCUGUUACGUGGGCUCGCUGGUGAGGCCCAUGGAGUAUUGGGCCUGGGUAGGGCCCAAAUAUCUCUCCCUUCUCAGCUUGUCUCCGAGACUAUUGAACGACGCCGUUUCACAGUUUACCUGUUGCCGACCAACGGCGUCGUCUCGACUUCCUCCGCCGAGGUCGUAUUCGGUGCGGAGGUGUCUAGAUUGCUCGUGUACACCCCUCUAUUCACCGAUCCGAGUGGCAAUUACGUAAUUAACGUGAAAUCCAUCCGGGUCAACGGCGUUAAGAUCUCCGUCAACGCUCCGUUAUCGGCGGAGCUGAGCACCGUGAUUCCGUACACAGUAGUCGAGAGCUCAAUCUACAUGAUGAUAGCUGAAUCCCUCGCCGAGGCCGCGACCGCGACAGCGACCGCAGUGGCGCCGUUCGGCCUCUGCUUCGCCGACACGACGCCGAUCCCGGCGGUGGAAUUCGCGUUGCAGAGCGAGAUGGUGAGGUGGAGGAUCCAUGGGAGGAAUCUGAUGGUGGAUGUCGGAGGCGGAAUCCGGUGCCUGGGAAUCAUCGACGGCGGGUCGGGUCGAGUCAACCCGAUCGUGAUGGGUGGGCUUCAAUUAGAAGGCUUUGUUUUGGAUUUCGAUCUGGGUAAUUCUGUGUUGGGAUUCGGACAGAGACGAACUGGUUCUGUUUCUAAUUCGUUGCCACUCGAAGCUCUGUGAUGUGGAAACUAACUGUGACUGACUUUACGCCAUUUUUGCUCUUGUUUGUAACACAUCUUAAUGUAAAGCUCGAAUCUUUUUGUGGAGCAUUUGGACUCAAGACUUGAUUUUGAGUGUUUGUAAGUUCGUAACCAUUCAACAGCAAAUUUCAUUAGCCUUUCUUUGGAUUA